CCGGCACAAAGGAGCCCGGCAGCCAUACAACAUACAUGCACACUAUAGGCAACAGCAGCAACAUGAGGUUGCGUGUUGGAUUCUUUGAAGACAAAGUUUCGAAAAGGGUUUCGUGUGAAAAUUCGGCAAACCCGACACAUCGCACCACCUUCGAUAAUUCUGAACUGCUAGGGUUGAGAUUAACAAUUCAGGAAAUUCACACUGGUCUACAGAAACGUUCUUGUCAAAAUUGUAAGUGCGUUGUAUUAAUAUUGUGAACAGAAGGUAGCAUUGGAUAAGUCUUAAAAUGCGUAUCGAUCUGAAGGAACUGUUGUUGGUGUCCAUGUCCACAGCUCCAAAUAGUGUCAUUCAUCUGCACAAGCGAUUCAGGUGCGGUAAAAUAAGUUACUUGGUUCAUUGUGAGCUGCAAAGGGGGCAGCUGCUCAUCCAACAGGUGAAGCGGAUCCGACGCACUUCAUCCUUGAGCAGUCGGCUGCAGAGGCGUCGCCGUCGCUUGCAGCGGAUGUUAAAAAAUGGAUGUGGCCUUGGGUCCAGACCUCCACCAGUUAUCCUUGAGGAGGGCUUCACUCAGACCACGCUGCUUCAUAACUCCGUAGCUGAGGGCACUGAGAUGGUGCUGGAAAGCACUGCCAGUCAAACGGCCCACCGGGAGUGGAUCAGCAGCCAGGUGGAUACCUCCGAUUUGGUGCAAACCAUUUCCCGGGAUCAGCAGACACUCAAUCCCAGCCAGCACACGUUAAGCAUAGCAGUGGGAACAGAAGUGGUGCUGGACAGCACUGUCAGCCAAACGGACCACCAAAAGUGCAGCAAUAUCCAAGUGGAUACCUUCGAUUUGCUGUUCUUCAUUUCCAGGGAUCAGCAAACCCUUAAUCCCGGCCAGCAGUCCCUGAGCAGCCAAACGGAGAAUCGGCCUCUGCAGAGUCGUACCACCCAGGUGGAGGUAGCCGCCAAGACCAGCACCACCCAGACCCAGCUCGCCAGCUGCUGCCUGGCCACCCAAACGGAGCUCCCCUGUACCAAUUCCGCUGUCCAGACCGAGAUCAACUGCCAGCACAUGAACACCCAGACCUUCGACGUGGACGAGGAGGAGGUGAUGAAGCCCCAUCUGCAGGCUCUCUUGCUCAUCUACGACUUGAUCAAGAACCAGAGCGACCUCAUCCAGAACGAAGUUCUGGCGGCCAUCAACCAACUGUUCGAUCUCACCCUGCUCGGAGGGAACAAGAGGCGACUGGAGGAGGACCUGCCCAGAGAGGCGUCACUGGAGCCACUGACACCUGUCCCCCUCAACCAGAUCGGGGAUAACUAUCCAAAGGAGAAACUCAUAUCGGAGACGGAACUUCAAAAACAUUUAUUAAAGUUGGUCCUUAAAUUAAGGACAAAAAGAAUCAGCAAGAAAAAAAGACAGACCACUGGUCCCUCAUGGAACUGUACGAUGAAGUGCAAGAGGUGCGACCUGCAUGUGCACCGCAGCAGGCUACAAAGGGUGUCCAGCGGGAACCAAGAAACUCAAACCGAAGUGGCGGAGACGAAGGACGCGGUGGUUGGGGCAGAAAUGGGCACGCAGACGGAAAAGGAGCGGGGACGCUGGACCCUGAAACGCAGCUAAAGGACCCUCAGUCACCCGGUGUCCUUCGAACUUACCCCAGCAACCAGGUCGCCGUUCUCAUCCAGGUUGAACUCAUAUUAACGAACUUGGGGUUUUUUUUAUCGUUGGCACUUUUAGCAUGGGAUUUGUAGUAAAUGCAAUCGAAUCAGA